UCAAACCCCCAAAUUCUGCAUCCAAAUAAAUCCUCUCAGAAAAUCUCAUAAUGGAAAACGAAGGGAAGGCUGGAACGGCAAGCAGUUCAAGGUGGAGCCCAACGAAAGAACAGAUAACGCUUCUUGAGAAUCUUUACAAGGAAGGGAUACGAACACCAAGCGCCGAUCAGAUACAUCAGAUCACGGGUAGGCUUCGUGAGCACGGCCAUAUCGAAGGUAAAAACGUCUUUUACUGGUUCCAGAAUCAUAAGGCUAGACAACGCCAAAAGCAGAAACAGGAGCGCAUCGCUUACUUCAAUCGUCUCCUCCACAAAACCUCCCGUUUCUUCCGCCCGCCUCUUUGCUCAAACGUCGGUUGUGUUAGUCCGUACUAUAUACAGCAAGUAAGUGAUCAUCACAAUCAACAUGGGCAUGGAUACAAACACAGUAACAAUGUGAUGAUUCCAAGUGGUGGCUGCGAUAAACGCGCAAUUUCAGACAUGACAACAACAACUGCAGCAAGAAUGUCAAUGUCGUCGAGUUCACUUAGAUUUGACCGAUUUGCCCUUCGUGAUCAUGCUCACUACGGAGAGGGUAUUAACGUCAAUUCUAACGGGCGGAAGACGCUUCCACUCUUUCCACUUCAGCCUUUGGACGCGGCCAUUGGCGAUUGUGUUGGAACUUCCAGUUUUGCCCCUGGUCAUGACUCUCCGUUGACUUGUUUCGGUGAUGGCGGCGAACAAGAGCAGCCGUUUAUUGAUUUCUUUUCUGGUUGUUCUAGUAGGUUUUGAUAAUAAUGCAGAUGGGUUGUAACGAAG